AGCCAGGUGCCCCCUGAGAAAAUCAUAGGUGGAAGGCAUGGGAGGUAGGCAGCCAUGCAUGUUGCAGACUUCUCCCCUAUAAAUAAUGACGCUUCCGCCUCGCCGCUUCACAUCAUCAAAAUACAACACAUUCCAGCAUGGCGAAGCUCUCGCUCUCAGUUGUAAGCUUUCUUCUAGUGUUAGGAUUGGGGUGCGCCACUCAUGUUCGAGAGGGGUCGUGGCAGGUGGGAGAGUGCCAGAUCAGCAACAUCGACGCCCGGGAGCCGUCCUACACCGUGAGAUCGGAGGGCGGAGAGACCGAGUUCUGGGACAACCGGAACGAUGAGUUCCGAUGCGCCGGUGUGUCCAUCCGCCGCCACAGAAUCCAGCAGAGAGGCCUCCUGCUGCCGGUGUACCACAACGCCCCCGUUCUCGUCUAUGUCGUCCAAGGCAGGGGAACUUAUGGAGUUUUGAAUUCUGGCUGCCCCGAAACAUUCGAAGCCGAAUCAGCCCAACAACAAUAUUCUCGCAAGGAAAGAAGCGAGAGAUCAUUCAGAGAAGACAGACACCAGAAAGUUGAGGAUGUGAAGCAGGGUGACGUCAUCGCCGUCAGGGCCGGCGAGGCUCACUGGGUUUACAACGACGGCGAUCAAGAGCUUGUUCUUGUUGUUUUCCACCACAACGCCAACUAUGCCAACCAACUCGACCAAAACCCAAGGUCCUUCUUCCUGGCCGGAAACCCCAACAACGAGCAAGAGGAAGAGCAAUACAUGAGGCUGCGCGGAGGCAAAGAAGCCCAAUCAGAGUUGGGUAAUGUCUUCCGCGGUUUCCACGACGAGUUGUUGGCGGAGGCAUUUGGCGUUGAUGUGGAGACCGCCAGAAAGCUCCGGGGCCAAAACGACGAAAGGGGCCAUAUUAUCAGGGCAGAGAAGAGCAUUAAAUUGAUCCAGCCCUAUGGCAGGAGCCGACGUGAGGAUGAGGGCUACCACAACGACAACGGCCUCGAGGAGACCGUCUGCAGCGCCAGAGUCAAAGAGAACCUCGACAGGGCAUCACGCGCCGACUUCUACAACCCACGCGCCGGGAGGUUCUCCACCCUCAACAGCUUCAACCUUCCCAUCCUCCGCUUCCUCCAACUCAGCGCCGCCAGAGGAGUCCUUCAUAGGAACGCCAUAUUCUCGCCGCACUGGUACGCCAACGCCCACAGCCUCAUCUACGUCACUCGCGGGGCGUCGCGGGUGCAGAUAGUGAACCACCGCGGGCACGCCGUAUUCGACGGCCAACUGAGGGAGGGCCAGGUCGUGGUGGUGCCUCAGAACUUCGCCGUGGUCAAGCAGGCUGGAGAGGAGGGCUUUGAGUGGGUGGCGUUCAACACCAACGACAACGCCAUUAUCAACACCUUGAGCGGCCGCACCUCCGCCAUCAGGGGGCUGCCCGUCGAUGUCGUCGCCAACGCCUACCAAGUCUCCAGGGAGGAGGCCGAGAGACUCAAGUUUUCACGACGGGAGACGGUCAUUUUCAGCGGGACUCAGAGACGACCUGCUUCUGCUUGAGAAAAUGUGUGUGGAUAAAUAAAUGUAAAAUAAGUGUUCAAGAGGAAUAAUGUAUAUCGGCUUGUGCUAAAGUUUGAUGCCAA